AUGGAAGAUAUCUUAAUUGUCACUUCAGAACACGAGAGGUAAGCAAGUCGAUUGACAAAAACUGCUCUUGGCAGCCAGUUUAUGAGCGAGCUUAAGCGUAAGUUCUUUGACUUCCAUUAUGACAGCGUGCCCUUCUCAUUGUCCCAUGGUAGAGAGUUUUUUCCGCUUGCUGCUCCAAACUAAACAGACUCGACACAGAGGUAUCUGUACUGGAUGUGGAAUUAAAUCAAAUAACCGGACAUCUUGGAGCUCAAUUAAGUCUACAGUGAAAGACGUCAAUAAAUUAUGAGGUGACCUGCGAAGAAAACAGAACGAAACAGGGUUGGAGCAACUCACUGUAAACUGUAAAGUUUAUUGAAAUUCGUCUUGUCCACUGAUAAGCAUAUCAUCCGAAUAUACACCUUUUCGAAGAUGUAUGACAAGAAACUACUAAUCUCUAGAAACCUGUACAUAUUUUAACUACAAUUAACUGAUAUUGAAAUUUAUCUUGUUCAAAUUGUAGACAAGACAAGAAAACAGAGCAUAAAGUCCAGAUUGAAGUAAGAGUACUCUUCUUUUCUACCUCCGCAAAGUUGGAACAUAUUCACAAGAGUGAAGAAGUAAAAGGAUUUGUUAGGAUUGACCAUUGUUCAUCUCAAACCAGGAGGUGGAAUAAGUGGGAAUUAAACGCUGAUUCAUUUGAACAAGCUAUGGCUGAAGAUAAAAAACUUGAGGCGCAUAUGUAUAAGAUUCCAUACAUUGUUAAUCGUAUGCCUUACACAAAGCUCUUUGCCCUUCGCAUAGUGGUCACUCCAAAUGUUGGAGACGCGUUUAAGGUAGCUCUGUGCCUUGAACUGGAAAAGAUGUUAAACGAACUCCAAGUAAUGUAUGUUGCGUCUUCCAAAUGCCGUAUUGAUUUCGAAGUUGACAAAUUCAAACAGUCAUUGAAAGACUUAAAAGACUCUGCGAUGGAAAAAUCUUUCUUGAAAAGGCUAGACGAAAUAUAUAAGACAAAGUAA